AUGGAUUGCAGGAGUCAUCCGAUCCCCUGUAUUUACCACCUUUACGCAGUCCAGGUCUGGGCCAUCAACUAUGCAUUUCCUGAUAUCACUGCGCUUUCAUUGGCCUAUACGGCCAUGCUUCUUGCCUGGGCAACAGCUGAUGCGAUCCGGUAUUUGUAUUUUGUUAUCUUGUUGGCAGGAUAUCCCGUUCCGCGGGCUUUAAAAUGCUUGAGAUACUCUCUUUUCAUAAUCCUGUACCCCGUUGGCAUCAGCAGCGAAUGGUGGUUGAUGUAUCAGGCGACUACAGUCACGGAUAACCAAGCUGUGGCGGCCCUCUUUUACUUCUUCCUGGGUCUCUAUGUGCCUGGUGGGUGGCAGAUCCUUGCUUUUCAUAUAUUCCAGGGUUAA